AUGGAUGACACUGUUUUGGAUAACCCUACUCUUUAUCGACAGUUAGUUGCAGAUCUUGUUUACUUGACUGUUACACGACUAGACAUCGCCUAUCCAAUUUAUCUUCUUAGCCACUUCUUGUCAGCUCUACGUACUACUCACUAUACUGUAGUUCUUCGCAUUCUUUGCUACAUCAAAGGCAUUCUAUUUCAUGGUCUUCAUUUUUCUGUCCAUUCAUCCUUAACUCUUCAGCGAGCCAAGAAACAAACAUUCACUGCUCGAUUAAGCACCAAAGCUAAAUACCGUGCUCUCGCUGACACCACUGUUGAGGUUGUUUUGAUUCGUUGGCUUUUCGAAAACUUGGUUGACCCUCAGCCAUCCCCAACUACUGUUUAUUGUGACAACCGCGGUACUAUUCAGAUUGCUAAUAAUGUGUUUUUCAUGAACGCACCAAAUACAUUGAGAUUGAUUGUCAUUUUGUCUGGCAAUGCUUUCUUAUUGAUGUUGUUCAUUUCAUAA